AUGGCGAUUGCGAGGGUGGAGGCGCAGAUCCGGUAUUCCAUCCCAGAAGAGCUGAAGACAGGAUCUCUUGUUGGUAACGUGGCACAAGACCUGGGUCUAGAUUUGAAAAGGCUUCGUUCUGGUAGGGCUCGUAUUGUGACCGGAGAAAACAUCCAGUACACCCAGCUGCAGACGGACAAAGGGACUUUAGUUGUGAAUGAGAGAAUAGACCGCGAACAGCUCUGUGGAGACAUGACACCAUGCAGUUUCACAUUUGAGAUUUUGUUGGAAAAACCAAUGGAGUUGCAUCCAGUUACCAUAGAAGUACUGGACGUUAACGACAACGCUCCGACAUUUCAGAACCAUCAUUUCGAGUUUGAAAUCAGCGAAUCCGCAGCUAUUGGUUCCCGUUUUGUUUUAGAGAGUGCCCACGACGCUGAUGUGGGGCAGAAUGGUUUGCAGAGCUACGUAUUAACUCCUAAUGAAAAUUUUGUUUUAAAACAAAAUGUUAAUCAAGACGGAAGUAAAUAUGCUGAACUUGUGCUCCAAAAACCCUUAGAUAGAGAAAAACAGUCACGCUUGUCCCUGAAACUUUUGGGCGUGGAUGGUGGGAACCCACAGAAAUCUGGAACACUGUCUAUAGAUGUCAAUAUCCUAGAUGCUAAUGAUAAUGCGCCUGUGUUUAAUCAAACUGCGUAUAAGGCAUCGGUGACUGAAAAUGCACCAAAAGGCACGCAUGUUGUUACUGUUAAGGCAAGUGACAAAGAUAGUGGUUUAAACGGACAUGUAAAGUAUUAUUUUUCAAAAUCAAACGCAAAUCUAGAGGAAUGGUUCAAUAUUGACGAAAUUUCUGGAAGAAUAUCUGUGAAAAAAGGAACUGAUUUUGAAAAAGACAAAAAGUUUGAGUUCAGAGUUGAGGCUAAGGAUCAGGGAGGACUGAAAGAUUCGAGCAAAGUUGAAGUUGAAAUUAUCGAUGUAAAUGAUAACGCAACUGUCAUUACCGUUAUGUCAUUCACCAACCCUGUAUCAGAAGACUCCCCUGUUGGUACAACAAUAAGCAUAAUUAAUAUCAAAGAUCAGGAUUCGACGGAAAACGGGAAAAUACGGUGCAACAUUGAAGGGGAUGUUCCUUUUCAAAUUAAGACCAAUGUAAGAAAUUAUUACGCAUUGAUAACAAAUGCUGAACUAGAUCGUGAAAUCAUGUCGCAGUACAACAUUACCAUCAUUGCGUCUGACUCAGGAUCACCACCUCUUUCUACAAAAACAACGUUAAAUCUAAAAGUUUCGGAUGUCAAUGAUAAUGCUCCUCUUUUUCAACUUAAAACUUAUAAUGCUUUAAUUUCAGAAAACAAUGCUCCCGAUGUCUCUAUAUUAAGCGUAAAUGCCCAAGACACCGAUGAAAACCAGAACGCCCAUGUUUCCUACAUUUUGGAGGAGGCUGAGAUAAGCGGGUCUCCAUUAUCUGGCUAUAUUUCUGUUAAUGCAGAAAAUGGAGUCGUUCGAGCAGUUCGCUCAUUUGAUUAUGAGCAGAUCAAGGAAUUUGCGUUCAUCGUCAAAGCUCAGGAUGGAGGUUCUCCUCCACUCAAAAGCAAUGUGACUGUGAAAAUACUGAUCCAGGAUCAGAACGAUAACCCUCCUCAGGUUCUGUAUCCAGUCCUGACUGGUGGCUCUGUGGUGGCUGAAAUGGUGCCUCGUUCAGCAGAUGUGGGAUAUCUGGUCACUAAAGUGGUGGCUGUUGAUGUGGACUCUGGACAGAAUGCCUGGCUCUCCUAUAAACUCCAGAAAACCACAGACAGAGCGCUGUUUGAAGUGGGCUUACAGAAUGGAGAAAUCAGAACUAUCCGCCAAGUCACUGAUAAAGAUGCUGUGAAACAAAGACUGGCUGUUAUUGUGGAGGACAACGGACAUCCCUCUCGUUCAGCUACAGUCAUCGUGAACGUGGCGGUGGCGGACAGUUUCCCUGAAGUUCUGUCGGAGUUUACUGACUUUUCACAAGAUAAGGAAUACAACGACAACCUGACUUUUUACUUAGUGUUGGCUCUGGCUGUAGUCUCCUUCCUCUUCAUCACGUGUUUAGUGGUUAUUAUAUCAGUGAAAAUCUACAGAUGGAGACAGUCUCGAAUCCUGUAUCACUCCAGCCUCCCUGUGAUUCCAUAUUAUCCACCACGUUACUCGGAUACUUUGGGGACAGGGACUCUCCCACACGUGUACAAUUACGAGGUGUGCAGGACGACUGACUCCAGAAAGAGUGACUGUAAAUUCGGCGGAGUUGGUAGUCAGAACCUGCUGGUAAUGGACACCAGUUCUGCAGGAACGAUGCAACGAUUACAGACUGAGAAGAAAAUCCUGGAUGAACCAGACUCCUCUCCGGAGCUCCUGCAAACACGAACAGUAGAGUACAGAGUAUGA